AUGGCGAAACGACAGCAUUCAAUGAAAUUGGAUAGUGAACCUGAUAUAAUUGAUGGUGUGGUUGUUGAAACAGGACAUGUAAUACGCACAACUAUUGGCAGUCGAGGUGGUCAAUCUAGACAGACAGUGAGUUAUAUUUCAGAACAUGUGGUUGGAACUGGCUCUUUUGGGGUUGUUUUCCAGGCGAAAUGUAGAGAAACUGGAGAGAUUGUUGCUAUUAAGAAGGUUCUCCAAGACAAGCGUUACAAGAACCGGGAGUUACAGAUUAUGCAAAUUUUGGAUCAUCUAAACAUUGUUUCCCUAAAACAUUGCUUCUUUUCAACUACAGAUAAAGAAGAGGUUUACUUGAAUCUCGUACUUAAAUUUGUUCCUGAAACUGUUUACGGUAUCGCAAGGAACUAUAGCAGGAUCAACCAGCGGAUGACUUUAGUAUAUGUUAAACUUUAUACCUACUAG